GCUUCCUUUUACCUCUCACUGCGGUGUCAACUCCUCGUCUGCACCCGCCCCACUUCCGUUAGCAUAGCUUAUAAGCACCAGCCGGCUGGACUGAGAAAUUUCCCCUCGCUCGUCAAACUCUGUCAAGCGAAGCAUCCUACCUUUCGCCCCCAAAGCGAUGCAAUCCGGCAAACGGACGGUCAAAGUCGCAGUCGUGGGCAGUGGCCUAGCGGGCCUGACUGCUGCCUACCGUCUGGCACAGGGUUCAGAUCAUGGGGAGGUCCAUGUUGAGGUGCACUUGUUCGAAAAAGCGUCGACGAUUGGCAUGGACUCGCAGUCUAUCUCGGUAGCGGUGCCAGGCGGAAGUGGCAAGCAGAGGAUCGACGUGCCGAUGCGUUCAUUCCAGGGAGGCUACUACAAGCAGCUGAUAGAGCUGUAUAGGGAGCUGGGCGUUACCUUUCGUGUUGCCGAUUUCACCUACUCGUUCUCGACUUUGAAGUACCUCGCGGAGGACGCGACGAGCGAAAUCAAUGCAACCAUGAUUUACAACGGUGCUUCUGGCACGAAAGGUGUCAGUAUGCCUGCGUCGGCUAGGCCGCCGCGGCGCAUCCCUUCCUCGCCCCUGCUCGCGUUUGCAGCCCAAGCACGUGCCUAUCUUGCCUUUGCUUUCGGUGCAUUGCUCAUAGGUGCAUUCUACCUUCGACUUCUCGCAUACUCCAUGCCCCUCCAUACCCCAGAACGUAUUCGCAUCCCCAAAACUUCUUGCUCGAUACCCCUGUGGCUUCCAAUACCUCAUAGGAUGCGCAGUGAUAUGACCCUACGUGAAUGGCGCGAGGCGACUGCACCUAAGAGUCCUUUUUCCAGGCUUCUCGGAUUGGACACACGGUGGCGAGACUUCGUUAUUCGUGUUCUCAUGCCUCUUUUCUCUGCUGUUUGCACGGCCGGCGCAAAAGAAAUUUGGGACCACCCGGUCGAGGAGUUCUUGGAUUAUAUAUAUCUGACUAUCGGCGCGCACCACUAUGUCGUAAUGAACGGCGUCCGAGACGUUGUGCAAAAGAUUACUGCUCUGAUCUCUCCUGGAAACAUCCACACGUCAUGUUCCAUCCUCGGUCUUGAGUACAAUCCCCAUACAUCGCUGGGACCUACCGUAGACAUCCACUGUGCCGGUGAUCGCACCUUCCAUGGCUUCUCGCACAUCAUCUGCGCCACGCAAGCCAACCACGCCAUCCCGCUCCUGACUUCCUACCUUCAAUCCCUUCCCACCGUAGCCGACCCGAAGGAUCCGCCUAACAUGGAAGAGCAUCGCUCGCUCGUGCAAGCCCAAAUAGAGUGCCUCUCCAACUUCAAGUACUGCCGCACCGUCGUCAUCAACCACACAGACCCGUCGCUCCUCCCCGCCUCGGAGCUCGACAGACGCGACCUGAACCUCGUGCUGGCCUCGCCAGCGGCGCGCAAGACGCUGCCGAGGCCCGCACCAAACGACUGGAAGGCACUGACGGUGCAGCCGGACUGUGCAAUGGCGACGCACGUCCUGCCGCGCGUCAAGGGCGUGUACCAGACGACGAACCCGAUCGUCGCGCCGCGCAAGGACUCGAUCUUGAGUUCCGUCUGCCUCGAGCGCGCGCUUGUGACGCGCGAGAGCAAGCGUGCGUUGCGUGCGCUGUGGACGGACGGCGCGAAGGGCGGGUGGCGCUGGGGCUGCGAGGCGCAGGGCGCUGGCCGCCUUGGGUCGAUCCAAGGCGCGGGCGUCCUCGCGGCGGACAAGGCAAACAAGACCCCCGGUCUGUGGCUGUGCGGCUCGUAUGCGAGCUGCGGGAUUCCCCUUCUCGAAGGCUGCGUCGCCAGUGCGACCAACGUCGUCGAGCAAGGCAUCUGGACAUGCGAGGGCAUGUAGAGGUUAUUGUACAUAUCACGUUAAGUCUGCUGUCGUGCAAUUGCUUUCCGGACGGAAAAUUCUCAUACUCGUGGUGCGUUAUCCUACAAAUACCAAUGGCGAAGUAUCUGUACAGUUGUUCGUUCAUGCUAUCUGUAUUUAGCCUAGUAUUUAGUGUUGUACCCUUAGUCUUCAUGCUCA